AUGAGACCCCAGGAUGAACCAGUGGUGCUGGUGCACAUCCCCUUGGAGCUGUAUCCGUACUUUAUGAAAUCCGUCUUGAACCUGCUCUUUGACGAGACGCCCCCGCUAGGUCACUCCGAGGAUGACGCCUACAAAGCGCCGGCGUUCAUGAAUAUCUCCAUCACCCCCGUGGAGGUCUCGGUCAUAUGUCCCAGACGACUGAUCGAGAAAUAUUUCGUCCCCGUCAUAGACGAGCUGGGCCAGCUCGAUACGGCCCUGCAAUCCCGGCUGGUCGUGAGCGAAAAGGACUACAUUGUCAUGCAGGUCCUGGGGGAAGGUCUCGAAGCCGGCAAACGGGUCUUGGAAUUAACCAGUCCACUCGCACUCGCAGGGAUAUCCAUCUUCUUCAUCUCAACCUAUUUCUCCGACUACAUCAUGGUACCCAUGCAAAGCAAAACCAGCGUGAUGACAGCCCUCGAAUCGAGGGGAUUCCAAUUUGACGACGCAACCGCCGCCUUCGUCAGUCCACUGAGUCCAACUACUGAAAAACGCCUGAGCGAUCUCAUCCCGCCCAGAACGCCACCUCCGUCCAACAUCGCGGAGCUGCAAACCCGCACCUUUGAAACUCUCCAGAACCGCCAGAUCACCCCUUCCGUCGACUCAACUCUCCGCCUAGUACAAUGUGCCGCUCACCAUGAGUACCACAGCUCCGAGAGCUCCAUGGCUAUCCUCCGGGAUGCCCUCACGACCGUGCUGGUCGUGGACCGCCCACGCUUCCUCUCCCUAACCCUAGCAUCGCUGGACCCCGCUGCAUCCCUCCUCCUAGAAAAGCGACUAUUACCUCGCUUCACCCGCCACGGCGAGUACGAAGAUGGCUCGGGUCUUUUACUAGGCUCGAAAGAAGACCAUCUGAUCCCCAUCACCCUGGACCUUCGUGAUCUCCCCCUCGAGGCAUCCGGGAUCGUCUGCGGUGUCGCAGGCCGGUUAGCGGGAACCGCUCGGCCCCUCUCAUCGAGCCCUAGUGCACUGAGUAGCGCCAGCAGUGUGACAGGGUCCGUGCCCAGACUGUUCGAUACGUUCGGGACGCGGCUAGACUCCACCCCGGCACACAAUCUGGCGCCGUUGAGCCAGCUGCCCUCCGAUGUUGAGGGGGCGGUGGAGAUUAGUUUCCUGAGUACGGCGCGGGCGGGGACGAUUAUCGUUGGGGAAGAUGAGUUGGCGAGGGCGGUUGCUGAAUUGAAUAAUGCAUGA